GGGAAACGUAACAGCUAGCUUAAGCAAAGCAUGCUGAUGGAAUUGAGACAAAAGGAGGAAUACAUCCGACCAGUGCGUUGCUAAAAAGAGUGUUUUCGCUCGUCCGAGCUGCGUUACCGACAUGUGCUCACGUGGAUAGUGGCUGCAAGCACCUGUUAAAGGAAACUAUAAAAUGGCACCACGGAUCAGUCCCCUUAAGGAUGCCACUCACUAUGUUCUUUCGAAGUCUGACAAGACAUGCAAAUUAGAGGUGAAGUACAUCAACGAAGUUAAAGGACGUGGUGUAUUUGCAAAGACCUCUAUUUGCAAAGGAGAUUUUGUUGUAGAGUACAGGGGAGAUAUUAUAAAUGACACAGAAUCCCAGGGAAGACGAAAACUUUACCACCCGUCAUGUGCCGCUUUUAUGUUUGUCUUUAAGUGGAAAGAGAAAACAUGGUGUAUUGAUGCUUCGAGAGAAGACAGGUCAUUUGGACGACUUGUCAAUGAUGAGCACAGAUAUCCAAACUGUAGGAUGAAGAAAAUUGAAGUUAACGGAAAACCCCACCUUUGCUUAUUUGCUCUCAACAACAUUAAAGAAGGAGAGGAAAUUACAUAUGACUAUGGGGGUGAAGACUGCCCAUGGAGAACACAAACGACCAGCAUUACAACUGACAGCAUUGCAGCGGACAGGUCCAAACCUUUGCCCCUGUCAGCCAAUCAGAUUGACGUCACUGGUCAACACAAAACUCACCAACAGACGACCAGCAUUACAACUGACAGCACUGCAGCGGACAGGUCCAAACCUUCGCCCCUGUCAGCCAAUGAGAUUGAUGUCGCUGGUCAACACAAAACUCAUCAAAAGACGACCAGCAUUACAACUGACAGCACUGCAGCGGACAGGUCCAAACCUUCGCCCCUGCCAGCCAAUGAGAUUGAUGUCGCUGGUCAACACAAAACUCAUCAAAAGACGACCAGCAUUACAACUGACAGCAUUGCAGCGGACAGGUCCAAACCUUCGCCCCUGUCAGCCAAUCAGAUUGACGUCACUGGUCAACACAAAACUCACCAACAGACGACCAGCAUUACAACUGACAGCACUGCAGCGGACAGGUCCAAACCUUCGCCCCUGUCAGCCAAUCAGGUUGAUGUUACUGAUCAACACAAAACUCAUCAAAAGAUGAAAGACACACAUCUUGAAGAUUUGCUGAUUGAUGAAUCCAUAUCAGAGAGUGCAGAUGAUUACAUUCCGGAUACCACUAGUGAUAGUGACACUGACAGUGAUGCUAGCCUUCACUCAAACCGAAGUAUCCAAAGGAGUCUUGAUUAUACACGUGACAUCUCUCGCUCAUUGAGUUCCCCUGUCUGUGACAUCAAAAUGCCAGACAACAUAACCUUUGACAGUAAUAUCCUUACAUCUGAAGCCACUGGAGGAGAAGAAGAACCCUGUUCUAGUCAGAACCUAAAGUUCAAGUCCAAUCCUUUACCCCUGUCAGGCAAUCAGAUUGAAGACGACACUCAUGAACAGAUGAAAAAUACAGACGUUGAAGAUUUGAUGAUUGAUGAAUCCAUAUCAGAGAGUGCAGAUGAUUACAUUCCGGAUACCACUAGUGAUAGUGACACUGACAGUGAUGCUAGCCUUCACCCAAACCGCAGGAUCAAAAAGAGUCUUGAUUAUACACGUGACAUCUCUCGCUCAUUGAGUCCCCCUGUCUGUGACACCACAACACCAGAUGCCAUGACCUUUGACAGUAAUAUCCUUACAUCUGAAGCCACUGGAGCAGAAGAAGAACCCUGUUCUAGUCAGAACAUAAAUGACAGAGUAGUUGUUAGUUCCUGCCAUAACAAAGGUGGGAAAAGAGUGUACGACAAGAGACAUUAUUGUUUGUAUUGCUCUAAGCCUUAUGCUAAGAUGGCAAGGCAUCUAGAAAGUGCACAUGAAAACAAACCUGAUGUGGCUAAAGCUCUAAGCUUUCCAAAGGCUUCCAAGGAGAGAAAAAAACAACUAGAUUAUAUUCGCAACAAAGGAAACUUUGCUCACAAUGCUGCUGUUAUGGAGUCAGGAAAGGGGGAACUUGUACCAUUUAAAAGACCACCUAAAGAAGCCCAGGGAAAAGACUUCAUACACUGUGCAUACUGUCAAGGACUUUUUACAAGAAAGAUCCUGUGGCAACAUAUGCGUAGUUGUAGACUUAGACCUGGAUCAGUCGCCCCCAAACCAGGAAAGAACCGUGUUCAGUCUAUGUGCACAUACGCAGGACCUGUGCCUUCACACAUUAGUAAACAAUUGUGGAAAGUAAUCAGUGUCAUGAGUUCUGACCCAAUCACUGAUAUAAUAAAAAAUGACCAUGUCAUCAUUGAAAUUGGGCAGCACUUGUUAAACAAAGGUGGCAUAUCAGCCAAGAAUCAACAGUAUGUGCGAGAGAAGAUGCGAGAAAUGGGAAGGCUGGUUAACGGUGCUAGGAGAGUUACCACCUUAAAAAGAAUGGAAGAUGUCAUAAAUCCAAAGAAGUACAUUGAGACUGUCAAAGCUGUCAAGUUUACAUGUGGGUAUGAUAGUGAAGCAAACAAGUUUUUGAUUCCAUCGCUAGCAAAUAAACUUGGGAAUACUUAAAGCAAGCAAACUAUUAAAAGCUUGGGGUUUAAUCUCAAACAACAAAGAGCUUGUGAAGAAUGCCAGUGAGUUUCAAGAGGUCCAUCAGGAAAAGUGGAAUGAGAUGAUCUCAGCUACAGCUUUAAGGAACAUCAGGGAAGCAAAGUGGAAUGUGCCUACUCUCAUGCCUUUUACUGAAGAUGUCCAAAAAAUGCAUGGCUAUCUCAGUCAAGUACAAGAUAAGUGUUACAAAUCCCUCUCUGAAACCCCCUCUUCAACAGCCUGGAAGGAGCUGGCAAAGGUGUGUCUGGCCCAGAUCAUUCUCUUUAACCGCCGCAGGGAAGGAGAGGUGGCAAGCAUGCCUUUAUCUGCAUUUUCAUCAAGAGACUCUUCUGAUCCACAUGAGGAUGUGGACUGGGCACUCUCCGAAGUGGAAAAAAACCUCUGCAGACACUUCUCAAGGAUUGUCAUCAGGGGAAAACGUGGUCGCCCAGUUCCAAUUCUUCUGACCCCAAAUAUGCUGUCUGCAUUAGAACUCCUUGUUAAGCAGAGAGAGGCUUGUGGGGUUCUUAAAGAGAAUGGUUAUAUGUUUGCAAGACCAGAAGCUAUGACACAUUUCCGAGGUUCAGACAGCCUUCGUGGCUUUGCAAAGGAGUGUGGUGCAAAGUGUCCAAAGUCACUGACAUCUACCAGACUGCGAAAGCAUGCCGCAACCCUAUCAACAGUGCUGAACAUGACAGACACAGAGAUGGACCAGCUGGCCAACUAUCUUGGACAUGACAUAAGAAUCCAUCGCGAGUUCUAUCGACUCCCUGAGAAGACCCUCCAACUCGCCAAGAUCAGCAAGGUUUUAAUGGCACUCGAGCAAGGAAAAUUAGCUGAGUUUCAUGGCAAGAACUUGGAUGAAAUUGCGAUAGAACCAGAUGAAAAAGUUCUGGACAGUGAUGAGGAAGACAGAGCAUACAAGAGGAGAACUGUUUAAGUGUUGAUGCAGAGGGGACACUUCCUCCUACCAAGGGAAAUGAAAGACCAUCAUCCAGAAGACGCAAGCCACAACCAUCAGAUGAUGAGAUGCCUUCAUCCAAAGCAGAGGGGACACUUCCUUCUACCAAGGGAAAUGAAAGGCCAUCGUCAUCCAAAAGACGUAAGCCACCAACAUCAGAUGAUGAGAUGCCUUCAAGAGUCUUGGCUAUGAAGCCUUCAUCCAAAGGUACAGCUACCCGGAAGAAAAAAUUGCCAUGGAACAAGAAAGAGGUGCAGGCGGUGGAAAGGCACAUGAAGCACUUCAUUACGUCCUGUGUUGUUCCUGCAAAAAGAGACUGUGAGAAAUGUUUAGGGGCUGAACCAGAGGUUCUUAAGAACCGAGAAUGGCAGCAUAUAAAGUUCUACAUCUAUAACCGGAUAACUGCUUACAAAAAGAAAGUUGUAUGCGAAUAGUGCAAAAGUUGUAUGCGAAUAGUGCAAAAGUUGUAUGCGAAUAGUGCAAAAGUUGUAAGCGAAUAGUGCAAAAGUUGUUUUUCAGUUUAUUUGAAGGGGUGUGCAUAACACUGACAUGACUGUCAUUAUUAUGACAUGACACCUAUCAUGAACUUGAAGGAGUCAUUUUGAGUGUUUCUGGUUGUUAAGUGUAAUUCGGUCAAUGCUAACUUUGCAUUAAAAGUGUCAUAAUUUACACAAUACACUUAAUGACAACAGUCAUGAACACUCAAAAUGACUCCUUCAUGUUCAUUAUGGGUGUCAUGUCAGUCUUAUGCACACCUGAUCAAAUAAAGAGUUACCUUUUUUCUUUUUAAAAAGUAGGCAACAUGUUUUAAGCUUUUCAUUACUCUUUGAGUUGAAGCUGAGAUUUUCAUGUUUACUCCAUGAGUUGUUCAGUAAUGAAGCUGAAAUCAUCAAAGUUGAAUUCUGCAAAUUGUUUUGCUGUCAUACACGGGCGUGCUGCUUUCUCUACUCUCCUUUGAUCUAUUGCACAGACCGUUCCAUGUCAGUAAAUAAAAAAAAAAGGUUUGCCUAGAGCAUAGCCCUCUAGCAGCACAAUGGUCUAGCAGCAGAGUUGAGCAUAGAGAGAACAGAGUGACUGGGCAGUCUGCUAACUUGUUUCUCUCUCUACCAAUAUAAGCUGUUCUGUUUUAAGUUACAAAAACAUGCAUGCAGGCUAAAAUUCAACCACAAGGACACUAGCUGCUAGGCUAAUGUAUGCAGACAGUGUAGCACAAUGGUAAACACUGCAGCAUUGUGUCCACCUCAGCUGAGAACAGAGAAUUGUCUUUUCCUUCAGUAAUGUGUGUCAUAUUAAACAUUACCUGCAUAUAACAAAAGUACUUAAGCCUAGAAAUAAUUCACAAAAUAAAUUCCCCUUUUAUUUAAUUGACUGUCAAAGCUGAAGUAAAAAAUAAGUUUUUUUAUUUAUAAUCUCCUGACUAUAGGAUAGAAGACAUGCAAUGAUGAUAACUAAAUGAUUAUUCAGUUCAUUAUUUUAAAUAAAAAAUAAAUGAAGUAUGCACUCCUGUAACUUUCACCAGCAAAAAAAUUCAUAUAUAUAUAUAUACAGAUUUGUGAUAUGCAAAAGUGAUGGUUUGAAUCACUCACCUUUUCAAGCUUCAUGCUCCAUAUCUACAUUAUAUAUAAACAACUAAUCUAAGCUGAAUACAUUUUUUUUUAUUAAUAAUUAAUAAUUAAUACUUUUUUUAAAUCCGGUAAUGAAGUCAUAGCCACAGUAGUGUCACGUCACCAUCAGUAUUGUGGUGAUGCAGUUAUCUUUACAGCCUUAAGUGGUAGUGUUGUUAUAGUGGUACUAAGUGUCAGGUGACUGAGUAGUUGGCUGAUGCUAGGGUGUUGCAUGUGAAUAGAAAUAGUUCUAACAGGGGAAAGUAAAAGUUUAAAAAGGUUUGUCUUGUUGUUUGAUUUGGGUUGGAAAAUAUUCAGACACAGCUUUUUAAAUCUUUUGUACAUGAGUAGAGAGCUUUUUAUUGCUUUUGUUUAUAGUGCCAAAUCAUAAGUUAUCUUUUCAUACAGAGUAGGUAUAGACCACAUUCCAAGACUUUAUGAUUAACAAAGUCCAAUCAAUGAGCAACAGGAAGAUGCAAUAUUUAUGUAUUUAUGUGUUAAACCUUUCUUUUAAAAGGCAGGCAUGUCAAACAGACCUGUUGUCUUUAUGGUAGGCAGCCAUUUGCCUUCACCAGUUAGGAGGGAGAGAUCAAUUAAUAUUUACUUUAAGCUCUUGAAUAUUUCUCUCAAAUUUAACUAGAUCAAUCACGUUAUGCUAUGUUGUGAAGAUUUGUGAUAUGCAAAAGUGAUGGUUUGAAUCACUCACCUUUUCAAGCUUCAUGCUCCAUAUCUACAUUAUAUAUAAACAACUAAUCUAAGCUGAAUACAUUUUUUUUAUUAAUAAUUAAUUAAUUAAUUUAUCCAUAUUUUCAUUGUACUUCGAUUAAAUCUGUAAAUUAAACGUUUAUUUUAUUUGUUGCAAAGUCCCCACUAAUCACGAUGGAAAUUGUGGGAAUUAUGUAAAUAACAUGCAAAUGAGGUCCCCACCAACAACGUUAGAUCGUUGUUUUACAAGUCCCCAUAUGUGAUGGUUAUAACAUUACUUUAUCAUUUCAGAUGUUUAAAGGCGUGUAUAAGCUAACAAGGCUAUGGUGAGUGUACCUGAUUUUUUUGUCAUGCCUCUAACACCUUUAGAAAGGGUGGUCCCCACAAGUGAUGAUAAAUA